UUCUAUGCUGGGCAGGUUCACGUUAAGUCUGAGUUCCUCCAGGGCUGGCUCUCAGACGCUGUUUGGAAAAUUCAUUGCCAGGCAUGAGUCGGGGGGAUUGGUUUUUUGAUUCCACUGGAAAUUGUUAAUGGGGACUGCAUUAGCGGCCCCGUGUUGCUUUGUCUGAUAGAGAGACAGCAGGUUUACCCAAGCAAUUCUGGAUCUCUGAUCACUGCCAAUUAGGGAGCAUUGUCUGGCUGACAUAAUCAACUUCACGCUACAACAUGGAAGCCAUCGCCAAGUUUGAUUUCACCGCCUCCGGUGAAGACGAGCUGAGCUUUCACUCUGGGGAUGUUAUGAAGAUCUUAAGCAACCAAGAGGAGUGGUUCAAAGCGGAGCUAGGAAGCCAAGAAGGAUACGUGCCCAAGAAUUUUAUAGACAUCCAAUUUCCUGAAUGGUUUCAUGAAGGCCUCUCAAGACACCAGGCUGAGAACUUACUCAUGGGCAAAGAGGUUGGCUUCUUCAUCAUCCGAGCCAGUCAGAGUUCUCCAGGAGACUUCUCCAUCUCUGUCAGGCACGAAGAUGACGUGCAGCACUUCAAGGUCAUGCGGGACAACAAGGGAAAUUACUUCCUGUGGACAGAGAAGUUUCCAUCCCUAAACAAGCUGGUGGACUUCUACCGGACUACGUCCAUCUCCAAGCAGAAGCAGAUCUUCCUAAGAGAUAGAAGCCGAGAGGAUCAGGGUCACCGGGGCAAUAGCCUGGACCGGAGGCCGCAGGGAGGCCCACACCUCAGUGGGGCAGUGGGAGAAGAAAUCCGACCCUCGAUGAACCGCAAGCUGUCGGAUCACCCGCCUUCCCUCUCCAAGCGGUUCCAUCAGCAUCAGCAGCCUCCUCCGCAGUAUCCCUCCGCCACGCAGCAGCCGCAGCCGCGGUACCUACAGCAUCAUCAUUUUCUUCCGGAUCGUCGUGGAGGUAGCCUCGACAUAAACGAUGGGCACAGUGGCUUGGGCGUGGGCUGCGAAAUGAAUGCUGCCCUCAUGCACCGGAGACACACAGAUCCCGUACAACUCCAGGUGGCAGGGCGUGUGCGGUGGGCCCGAGCACUGUACGACUUUGAGGCCCUUGAGGACGAUGAACUGGGAUUCCGCAGUGGAGAGAUGGUUGAGGUCUUGGAUAACGCCCACCCGUCCUGGUGGACUGGCCGUCUGCACAAUAAACUGGGCCUCUUUCCUGCCAACUAUGUGGCCCCCGUGGUCCCAUGA